CAACAAUGAUAGUCUAUCCCUUCGUCUAUCUUUCUUUAUGUAGAUCAGUGAGGAUCGAGGCCCGAGGGAGGACGUAUAAACUUUACAUGAGAGGCACCCCUGGUCGAAUUGCAUGCUGUCCAUUACGGGAGAAUGUUGAUUCAAGACGUUUUGCUGAGAUAAACAUGGUUCCACGUCUACACCAAAUCAACGGAUACGAUUGAAAACUUUGGAUGAAUUUCAUCUUUCUCCUGCCAGUGACAUGGAUCUCGUACUUCCAUUUGGUUCUAGUUGUGCUGAAUCAAACCAGGUUGACCUGAGAGUGAUGGUGAAAGAAGAGGAUCUAAAAGAACAUAUAAAAGAGGAGGAAUACGAUCACAUGAUUACAUGUCCAGAUGAAGAAGAAAAUCCCUUUGCAGAGUUUCACUGUAAAUCUGAAGCAGACGUCACAGAGUCACCAACGUCUACUUACGAUAAACUGCUACAGACGACGGUGAAGACUGAAGAGGAGGAGGAGGAGGAAGAGCAGGACGAGGAAGAAGAAGAAGAAAAGGAAGAGGAGGAAGAGGAGCAGCAUGACCAGUUGGAAAGUGUAUCAUCAGAACACCCACACUUAAGGCAACAGCAGAUCCAUGGACAGAAUGAUGAACUCAACCUGCAGCUGCAAGGAAGGCUGCACCACUGCACUGUGUGCAGGAAGAGCUUCACCACACUUUCUGAACUCGAGAAACACCAGCAAACACACUGUCUUGGUGUUAAUCAAAGGCAGAGUACUGGUAAAACACAACAUAAAAGUUCAGCUCUUAGUAGUCAUGUACAAAUACACACUGGAGAGAAACAUGAAUGUGCCCAGUGUGGAAAAACUUUUACACAACUUUCCAAUCUUAAAAUCCACAUGCUCAUACAUACUAGAGAGAAGCCUUAUAAAUGUAUGCAGUGUGGAAAAGGAUAUACACAUCUUCCGAAUUUUAAACAUCACAUGCUUACACAUACUGUAGAGAAGCCUCAUAAAUGUGCCCAGUGUGGUAAAGCUUUUACAUGCCACGCAACUCUUAAAAAACACAUGAUCUUACAUAGAGAGAAGCCUUAUAAAUGUAUGCAGUGUGGUAAAGGAUAUACACAUCUUCCGAAUUUUAAACAUCACAUGCUUACACAUACUGAAGAGAAGCCUCAUAAAUGUAUGCAGUGUGGAAAAGCUUUUACAAGUUUCUCAUCUUGUAAAGCGCACAUGCUCAUACACACUGGAGAGAAGCCUCAUAAAUGUGACCAGUGUGGAAAAGCUUUUGCACUACAGUCAACUCUUAGGAAUCAUUUACGAAUACACACUGGAGAGAAGCCUCAUGAAUGUGCCCAAUGUGGAAAAGCUUUUAGAAUAUCAUCAGCUUGUAAAAGGCAUAUGCUCACACAUACUGGAGAGAAGCCUCAUAAAUGUGACCAGUGUGGAAAAGCUUUUGCACUACGGUCAACUCUGAGAAAUCAUUUACGAAUACACACUGGAGAGAAGCCUUUUUCACAAAUGUCAAGUCUUAAAAGCCACUUACCAAUCCACACUGGAGAGAAGCCCCAUAAAUGUGCCCUGUGUGGAUAUGCUUUUACAUACUACAAAACUCUUGAAGACCACAUGCUCUUACAUACUGGAGAGAAGCCUCAUAAAUGUGAUCAAUGCGGAAAGCUUUUUUCACAAAGUUCAGAGCUUAAAAAACAUAUUCUAAUACACACUGGAGAGAAACGUCAUAAAUGUGCCCAGUGUGGAAAAGCUUUUGUAAAAUUAUCAGCUUUUAAAUCGCACAUGCUCAUGCAUACUGCAGAGAAGCCUCAUAAAUGUGACCAGUGUGGAAAAGGUUUUACAAGAUUCUCAUCUUGUGAAGUGCACAUGCUCAUACAUACUGGAGAGAAGCCUCAUAGAUGUGACCAGUGUGGAAAAGCUUUUAAACAAAGGUCAGAACUUAAAAGUCAUCUACUAACACAUACUGGAGAGAAGCCUCAUAGAUGUGACCAGUGUGGAAAAGCUUUUAAACAAAGGACAGGUCUCAAUCAACAUAUAUUGGCACACACUGGAGAGAAGCCUCAUGAAUGUGUCCAGUGUGGAAAAACGUUUUCACUCCACUCAACUCUUCAACGUCACAUGCUUAUACACACUGGAGAGAAGCCUCAUAGAUGUGACCAGUGUGGAAACGCUUUUGCACAACUGUCAAAUCUUAAAAGCCAUUUACUAAUACACACUGGAGAGAAGCCUCAUGUAUGUGCCCAGUGUGGAACAUCUUUUAAAACAAUGUCAGGUCUUAAAGGCCAUUUACUAAUACACACUGGAGAGAAACCUCAUGAAUGUGCCCACUGUGGAAAAGCUUUUGUGCAAAAGUCAGGUCUUAAUCAACAUAUAUUAAUGCACACGGGAGAGAAGCCUCACAAAUGUACCCAGUGUGGAAAAGCUUUUGCACACCUCACAGCUUUUAACCGUCACAUACUCAUACAUACUGGAAGUAAGCCUCAUACAUGUGCCCAGUGUGGAAAAGCUUUUACACAAAUUACAGGUCUUAAAAGCCAUUUAACAAUCCACACUGGAGAGAAACCUCAUAUAUGUGCCCAAUGUGGAAAAGCUUUUUCACGCAUGGCAGAUCUUAAACGCCACAUGCGUACACAUACUGGAGAGAAGCCUCAUGAAUGUGCCCAGUGUGGAAAAGCUUUCGGAAUACAUCACGAUCUUAAGCGCCACAUGCGUACACACACUGGAGAGAAGCCUCAUGAAUGUGCCCAGUGUGGAAAAGCUUUUUCAAAGUUCACAAGUCUUAAACGCCACACACACUGACAGCGUCCACAGGUCUUAGACUCCACAUGUGUGCUUGUGUGUGCGCAGUGCGUACACACACUGGAGAGAAGCCUCAUGAAUGUGCCUAGUCGGGGCCAUUGCUGACCAUUUGACCAAUCAGCGGUGUGUGUGUGUGUGUUUAUGUGUACACUUGUGUUUGUGUGGACGUGUGUUUGUGUACAUGUGUGGUUGUGUUUGUGUACAUAUGUGUGUGUGUGUGUGUGCAAGCGUGUGAUGUGUGUGUGUUUGUGUAUGUGUGUGUGUGUGUGUGCAGUGCCGUUGAUGACCAUUUUGGUGCUAAGCAGAAUUGUUUUGUAAGCUCCCCCCCCCCCCCCAAUUUUUUUUUGUAUUGGUUGUGAUGAAUCUUAAAAUUGUAAAUUGUUAAAACAUUUACAUUAGAACUCAAACGCCCAUGUAAAA